UAAAUACUUUAAAUCUAUUGAUGGAUAAAAGAUUCAAACAUACAUUAGUUGCACAUAAAAUAUGCCCAUACAGCAUGAAAGUCCUUACAGUAAUGCGUCAUAAGAAUGUUAAAUUUGAAAUUAAGUUCAUUGAAAUUCAUAAUAAACCUGAAUGGUUUCUGAGAAUCAGUCCCCUUGGAAAUGUACCUAUUUUAAUAAUUGGUGAAGAAGGUAUUAUUUAUAAAUAAUAAUUAGUCGUUUUAUCAGAAUCAGCAGCAAUUAUGGAAUAUAUUGAUGAAAUUACUCCUCCUAAAUUGAUGCCAGAAGAUCCACUAUAAAAAGCAAUAGAUAGAGCUAAACUUGAAUUUUCAAAUGAGAUAAUUCGGAAUCUUUAUUCUUUCAUUUUCUCUACUGAAUAAGAAGUAAUUCUAAUUCUAAAAUUGUAGAAAUUUGUGAAAUAAAAAGAAUGGUUAAUAAAGCAUUUUAAAUGGAUUGAAGAAUGGUUAAAAGAUAAGAAAUUUAUAAAUGGAAAUGAAUUAUCUCUAGUUGAUCUAAGUUUUGUUCCAUUAUUUGUAGCAUUAAAUAUGCUUAAAUCUACUUUACCAUGUGAUAUGAUAAAAGAUUUUAAAAGAGUAUUCAUUUAGUUCUAAAUUAGUUAAAAGUAUAUGGAGAAUUGAUAACGUCUUUGCCUUGCUCAUAAACUGGAAGAGUUCCAGAUUAUGAAUUUUUAAUGAUUGAGGGUAUCAAAAAAUAAAAUACUGUUCUAUACAGAUCUAAUCCUUGUUACUUUAAAAAUGAUUCUAAACCUUUGGGAUGUUGUUUCUUUCGUAGUUGA